CUGCGACCCGUCGGGAAUGCCUGGUCCUACACUCAAUCAGUUAACGCGCCGUGUUCGGCGGAAAACUUGAUCCUGCGUGAAUAGCGGCCCCAGCACAUGCUCCCAUCCGUGGACCCAAGAUUCACUUAUUUAAUAACACCUCGACCUCAGAAUAAUAAUCCAUGUGUAUCAUGUACGGUUGUAGCCCCCACCGCGGUUGCGCACAAAGCGCACCGUGAAUUGUGCACCUUGGGUGCGCCAACCAAAUUCCCGACUCCUUGUCACCGUUCCCCGUUUGCAAACAAUACCUGCAGCCAGCACCAUUGUUGUGGUUGCGAAACAAUAGACCACUGGGUAUGCACCCCCCGGUGCCCGAGCUAUUGUGCACGUGUGUGGCCUGGGAAUGGUGUGCACCUAUUUGCACUAAACGGUCGCUACCUCCUUAUCGGGUCUGGCGUCCUGUCACAAAUCCGAAAAACCUCACCAUGCCAAAGCUGCAGAAGCUGUGCAGCUCACUGCGGAUCGAUGACCGGGACCACAUAUUGUUGAGAUAUUAUCUGAGUAUUAUCUGAAGCGUAGUCGCGGUUUGGCGGCCAGAUAAUACUUUGGUGGGAUCUGACUCCAGCAUCUACAAAUAUUGUCCUUACGGCUAGCAUUUUGAACUUAACAAUGCGUGUAUUUUAUAGGUCAUCGUAAUUACCCCAUUCG